AUGAUCUUUGCCAUAAAUGAAAUCAACAAAAAUCCCCACAUGCUGUCUAAUAUUAAACUUGGCUAUAAGAUUUAUGAUAACUGUGGAACCAUGGACAUACUGAGAGCAGCACUGACACUGCUGAGUGGGUUAAAUAGACAACUCCGUGAGGACACCUGCACUGAGACGGUGCAAGCAAUCUUGGGACAUUCUGGAUCAAGCCCAACUAUUGCAUUUGCACAGGUUGUUGGAAGGUUUCAGAUACCUGUGAUCAGCCAUUUUGCCACCUGUGCCUGUCUGAGCAACAGGAAAGAGUACCCUACCUUUUUCAGAACUAUCCCCAGUGACUACUACCAGAGCAGAGCUCUUGCCAAGCUUGUCAAGCACUUUGGAUGGUCCUGGGUUGGGGCGUUAGCUGUGGAUAAUGAAUAUGGCUUCAAUGGCAUAGCAGCAUUUAUCCAAGCUGCAAAAGAAUAUGGAGUGUGUAUUGAGUAUUCUGAAGCAUUUUCAUCAUCAGAUCCACCAAAAAGACUACAGAGAAUAAUAGAAAUCAUUAAGCAGUCCACUUCCAAAGUUAUUAUGGCUUUUAUGUCUCACAGAGAAAUUAAAUUGCUGGCUACUGAGCUGUACACGCAUAGCAUUACAGGACUCCAGUGGAUUGGCAGUGAUGCAUGGAUCACAGAUCACUCUCUGACUGACAGUGAGGGACACAAAAUCCUGGUGGGCUCAUUAGGCUUCACCAGCCCUAAAGCUAAGAUCUCAGGGCUAGAGGAGUAUCUAAAGCAGCUCUACCCCUCACAGUUCCCCGAUAGUCAGUUUGUUAGGGAAUUCUGGGAAGAAGUGUUUAACUGCUCUCUCAAUAGAACUGUAAACACUCAAAAACAGCCAUGUAGUGGCCAUGAGAGCUUGCAAAACAUUGAAUCACAGUUCACUGAUGUGUCUGAGCUCAGAUUUACUGAUAAUGUCUACAAGUCAGUUUACGCAGUGGCUCAUGCUCUCGACAUGCUGAUCAAAUGUGAUAAUGAUCAACUGUCCUUUUCUAAUGGGAGCUGCAUUGACCCCAAACACAUUAAACCAUGGCAAGUCUUACAGUAUCUUAACACUGUAAAUUUUACAACAAAAGAAGGGGAAAGGGUGUAUUUUAACAAAAAUGGUGACACCCCAGCAAGAUAUGAACUUGUUAAUUUACAGUUUACAAUUCGAGGAACAAUGGAGGGAAGAACCAUUGGCAUUUUUGAUGCGUCUCUUCCAGAGAGAAAUCAAUUUGUCAUGAACAACAUCCCAGUUGUCUGGGGCAAUGGGUUGACUGAGGUGCCUGUGUCAGUGUGCAGUGAGAUGUGUCUCCCUGGAACACAUAAGGUCCUUCAGAAAGGAAAGCCAGUCUGCUGUUAUGACUGCAUACCCUGCCCAGAAGGAGAGAUCAGUAAUGUGACAGAUUCAAUACACUGUGCGAAAUGCCCACCAGAGUACUGGUCAAACAAACAACGAGACGCCUGCAUCCCCAAAGAAGUAGAAUUCCUGGCAUAUGAUGAAAUUCUAGGGUUGGUGUUAGUGUUAUUUUCAUUGCUGGGAGUUUUUCUAACUAUGGUUACGACAUUAGUCUUCUACUGUCACAGAGAAACCCCAGUAGUAAGGGCAAACAACUCUGAUAAAGAAGAGAAAAAAAUGCUAUACAAAAUAAAG